AUGGAGAAGAUCUUUACACCAGAGUACACCUGUCCUCGAUGUGAGUCCGGCUUUAUAGAGGAAGUCACAGACGAAACAAGUUUCUUGGACAAUGGAACAAAUGGUCUUGACGAUGAUUCAGCCACACAGUUUGCUGAGCUAUGGGAUCGCACCUUCCUGAAUCUGGACCAGACCUUCCUGUUUGUUGAUGGGAGACCCUUGCGCAGUGGAACGUCUCUAGAUCACGAUGGUGGGGAACUGGAACGAGGAAGCCAGCAGAAUGAUAUCUGGGGUCCCAGCCGACACACGAGGUUACCAAUGGCCAGAAGGUAUCGUGCCCGCGGAGCAUCGCGCCCAGAGAGGUCUCCAGCCAUUGAAGGAAUAAUCCAGCAGCUGUUUGCUGGGCUCUUCAAUGCAGGAAUCUCCGGCUCUCAGCAGACAUUCUCCUGGAGCGGGAUGCUACACUCAAACCCUGCUGAUUAUGCCUGGGGGCAGAGUGGACUUGAUGCAGUGAUUACACAGGUGAGAACGACGGCCAGUUCUGUUCCAGUGCUUGUUGCUCUGAUCCAUGAAUGGUGGCUGAGGAGGAACGGGGAGGACGUGUACCCAGACGAUGAUGCCAACAUCCCAUACGGGCACAGGGCGAAUGACCGAAUUGUCCCCUUCUUUGAUCGGUACACCAACAAGGACAUGAUGAAAACAGCCGAGAGCUUUGGAUACGAUUACGAUAAAUCUCUGACUUACAUUGCUGUAGAUUCCGGUUUAGAAUGUCCAGUUUGUAAAGAGGAUUAUCUUCUUGAGGAACAGGUUCGACAACUUCCCUGUAACCACUUCUUCCACAGCGACUGCAUCGUACCCUGGUUAGAACUGCAUGAUACCUGUCCUGUGUGUCGCAAGAGUUUGAAUGGAGAGGUCACCAUGGGUCACCGGCAAACCUCAGAGGAGUUAUCUGGUAACUUGAGUAGCAGUGAAAACCGACAGCGAGACCCCUGGGCGUACUGAAGGACUCUGCAGGAAGUACUUUGCACCCCAAUCCCUGCAUAACCUGAUCAGUAAUAUUGUUACUUCUAUUGUAAAUGAUAUAUAUUAAAGAAACAAGUGGGCAGGUGCCAUGGUUGAGUGGCUGCUCCCAAACUGAUGGCAUUUACAGGGGCCUAUCUUUCAUUCUGUGAAUUAUGUGUUUAACAAUGUGGCAUUGAUUCGCUUUUCAAUGGUUGCACAAAGAUCAUAGUUUUACGCUCAGUUUGUUCGAACUUUGCUCUAUUUCGAAGACCAUGGGAAGUUGAUUUUAAUUUCACCGGGUGAGAAAUGCCACUUUUCAGAGCUCGCCAGGUGUAUUUGUGUUUUGCAGUGAGAGGGAAGUUGUGAAUCUCUUGGAAGUAAAUCCUGCAGGAAAGCCUCGAUUUAACAGUGAGGUGGGGUGUGGGUUUUACUCAAUCUGAAACGUGACAGUGACAAGACAGAAAAAGACACAAAAAGGAACUAAUAACCCCUCCCCGAGCCAUUGUGCUACAUAUGAACUGAUUGUCAACCUUAUACUCAAACUUCUUAACCCUAUAAUAGAUGUUUGAAAAUAUUGCUGUCUAUUCCAAUGUAGCUUUCUAAUCAAAUGGCCACCAGGCCGUAUCUGUUUGGAUGCUGUCUGUUGCCCCUUCCCCCAGUUUUCUGUCUCUGUCUGUCCUCCAGGUCCACAAGUGCUCCCCACCCUCAAUGUCUUGUGAAGUAGUUAUUCAUCAGUGGUGAACCAAGGGCACGUACGUGAGCAGAUUGUUCAGCUGUAGGCUGCUUCAUCAAUAAUUUUUCCAUUCGCAUUGUGCACUUGCCAGCAGAGGCAGGGACUCUGCUUCCCUCCCUGCCCCCAGCCUUUACCAGUUAACAUUAGUCAGAGGGCAAUGGGUCAGGAUGGGUUACUCUUCAGAGGGUCGGUGUGGACUUGUUGGGCCGAAGGGUCUGUUUCCACACUGUAAAAAUCGAAUCUAAUCUUAACCAGUGAGUUUUCACAGACUGACAGGAAUGGGUUAUCUUGUGCCUGAUUUGGAUGUUGCAGGCGCAUGGUUCCAGUACUGAUCUACACAUUCAACCCCCAAAUCUAAGAUUGCCCUUUCAGUUUUCAAUAUAAAUACUGAUAUAGUUUUAGGGUAAUACCCUUAGUGCAGGUGGAAGGGAUUACUCUCUAAAUCCUCAGACCUCCUUGAGCCAGUUCUUAAAAUCUCCUUACCCUUAUGAGCCAAUCAGAGAUUGAUUUUAAGAGCUAUCUCCUGAAGGAUGGCCUGUCAGCGGCCAGGUCAGAUCACUGGUUUCUCUCUUUUACCCUCCAGCUCUCAUAAAUACCUUGUGUUUGCAACGAGGUGUCUGGCCACUUUAAGCAGCCCUACCUCCAGCUCUUCCCUGUACAAUCCAAGGUAAUUUACCAUUUAUUAGAAGGUGUCUUUGAGCAGAAAGGAUGGGAGCUCCUAGGAAAGGAAAUCAGUGGGAUUCAGAAGCAUAGGAGUCAGUGCAGGGACAGUAUGUUUCCUCUUGCCCCCUCCCAGGCUGGCAGCCGCUGACUGACUGACCUAGUUACUGCUUUCCUCUGUUCCCUUUCUGCAUCCCCAAGUGGGUACUAAUAUUAUAGCAUAGUCAAAGAAGAGAAACAAUUGGGAAUCGGAGAGCAGAGCUCUCUAAAUUCAUGACCUCUUCCUUCCUUCCUCCAUCUCAACAUGCACUGGAGGAACAGGUCUUCUGAUACCUGGCCACUCUCUCAGCUUUUCAGUUCAAGAUUGAGUGUCAGCAGGAGAUCAAACCUCAUCAGCUUGAUGGUUGUCAUGAAUUCGAUUUGGCAAGUUUUCAUAUUUCUCCACAAAACAUUCGUUUAUACCAUGCAGGAUGUGACUGAGGAACUGAGGGUUAAACAAACCUUGGAUUAACAGCGUAGCCCAUAAAUCCCAAGGAGCAGGAAGUCUUCAGCUUUUGCCACUCCUGCUGGUAUUUGUGAAGGAGAAUUCCACUUUUCAUUUUCUUCAAGCUUCAGGGUCAUGCAGAAUGUAUGUUGGCUUACAGCAAAGAGGGCAGCAGCAUUAAUGACAGGGUCUUAAAGUAAUACAGUAUUGAGAGGGAGGAAGAGAGAGAUCACAGCCUCAAUGAUACACAGAUAGUUGACAUUGGAUGGUAUUAGGUUUUGAGCUGUGAGUGAGUGAAUGUGGAAGGAAGCGAAGGUUGGGGAAUAAUGACAUGGCACCACAGUGUUAAACAUCACUGGCCAAUUUCAAUGAUUUUUUUUGUCAUGUUAAAAUGUCAAACACAACAAAGUUGGCUGUAACUUGGAUGGGUUUGUAAAUGGUGAUGCAUGAAGUUUAGUUAGUCUUGGUAGUGUGAUCCACUCUGAGCAGUGACCAAUCUGUGACCGAGCACAGCAGUAUAAUCCAAGAGCCACUGAAUUGAUCACUGGUUUUUAUUCUGAUUUUUAUUUGUACAAUGCAAGGUAUUGGCUUUAAUGGUGUUAAAAUGAUUCACAGUUUAAAUUCUGAUCUGGGACAUGGGUCUGAGGAGUGAUCUGCAGUUGCACUGUUCCACCAUCCAGCCAUGAGGGGAGUGGUACACUUCUGGUUACUCUGAGGGUAGAGAGCUAUCACUGAAGCACUGACUGCACAGGCCGGGUCUAACAAAAGGCAUUAAUGUUAUCACCCAUGCUCCAGCCCUAAACCUGCAGCAUGGUUUGGAAAGAAGCUGAGUACAAUAUGAACCUUCAAUAUGUGCACAGAUUCUUUCAGGCCAGAAGAGGCCAAUUUGCCUGUCAAACCUCUGCCAGCUCUUCUGAAGAGCUGCUUCAGUUAAUUGCAUGUGCCAGCUUAGUUUUGCAGAUCUAGUUCCUGUCUAAAAUUCACCCAAACAAGUAUGGCUGUGUCCCUGGCUUUGACUCCAACUCCAAGUGCCAGCAAACUAUUAUAGCAGACAGGAACAAAUUUGCUUCCUUAUCCUGGCGCAUCUGGGAACAGUGUUUGCUGUGUUACUGCCUUCAUUCAGGUUUACUUAGCUUUCUUAGAGCUUGCCUUUCAUGUUCACUAUACUAUCCCCACCCAAGGUAUUGUAUGAAUGUAUUAGUUGGUGAUGCAGUUCAAAAUGAAACAGGAGCCAAAACUCUGCAUUAAGAACUACUGUCAAACACUUGAAAUAAAAUUAAUUCAGAAUGGAAUAGUGCUGCUCAUUGGCAGACAGUCAUCUGGUAUUGCAUUCUGUUUUUUUGUAGUUGUAAAUGUUUAAUCUGUUAUUGGUUUAAAAGUUUUUAUUUUGUAAAUAAACCAAAAAAAAAGUUGUUGAGA